UUCAAGGUUAUUUAGAAAAAAAGUUAGACUAUUUUUUGCAUGUUGAUGUCAUUCAUUUGGUGGAUAUUUUGUGAUUCAUUGGUGAUUAUAUAAUAUUGGAGAGGAUGAUUUAUUUUCUGGAGUUUUUCACUGGAUAUUUUUUUUUGCUUAUUUGUUGUCUAUGCCCAUUGUCAGGUAUGCAUUUAAAGAUUUUCAGGAUUUAAGGUUUUUACUGCCUGAUGAAGACUGACACAGACGAAAUGUCUGCUCUGCGUAUUAUAAAAAUGUUUUGAGACCACUAUAGCAGUGUGCCGUCCCUUUUUCCUUCCAAAAUGCUAAAUUGCUCCUUGAUAUGAAUGUGUGCGUAUGAAUGUGUGUGUGUGUGUGCGCGCAUGGUGCCCUCUGAUGGACUGGCAUCCCAUCUGGGAACAAUCGUCCUGUCUUGUGCCCCGUGUUCCCAGGGCUGGCUCUGGAUCCACCACAAUCCUGAUCAGGAUAAAACGGUUGCUGAAGAUAAAUGAAUUAAUUAAUGCUAUGAUAUAUGAAAAAUAUACUGUUUUAUAUAGUGAGAGUGUGUGUUUAAAGCAUUGGCAUAUUAUUAUUGUGAUGCUUUUUAGUCUUCUGUGUCAAGCACAACUCAAGGAAAAGAUAUGCGUCCGCUUUAACCAGAGUUUAAAACCACAGCAUCAGCUUCCAGUAAUCACUAAAUGAUGGAUACUUGGGCUUAGAUCAGCUGCAUAUUGUCUUCCCUGGGAGCCCGUUAGAAGAAAAACAAAGAGUACAGUGUAAGGUGAUCAUCUUGCAGUGUGUGACGCAAACAUGAAAUGCAGGAAAAUAAACCAGAAAGAAACUUGCUAGUGCUCUUAACUUGUAGCUUCUCGGAUGUUUUAUCAUAGAAGAAAUAAUUUAUUAUAGACCACACCAUCAGAAACACUAUGAAUAGGCUUAAACUAUGUUUAUAAAAGCUUUUGGAUCAGGAGGCUUUUAUGUAAAAGUAGUGGGGAAAGCCUACAACAUGAGCUAUGCCUGCUUAUCAUCAGGAGAGGAUUCUCUCUGGAACUGGACACAUGGCACCCCGAAUAUUAUCUAUCUUUAAGACAGAGACAUUCUGUUUCUUGAAAGGUUUAGGAACAUAAAAUGUCUGUUUCAGUCUGUUUAGUUUGAAAAAGAUAAUAUUAGGUAGGAUUACGUAUUCCAUUUCACAGUACAUGAGUGAAAACUAUUAACAUACUCCAGAUGUGUUUCUGUCUAAGAUGAGAAUGGAUUGAGAAUGUGGGCAGUGAUUUUGUAUAUUGGUCUGAUAUAUUUGCACAUACAGAUGUGACUAGUAAAAUGGCAAAAAAGCUAAAAUUAAUGUGGAAAAUUGAUUAGUAAAUACACUAUUGCAUAACUGAAAUGUAUACAUAUGAAACAUUGGCUUGUUCCUGGUUGAUUGUCCUGCUUGUUUGAGGCAGGACCCAAAGUAGAAUGUUGUGAUGGAAUUUUUCUACAUUAUGAUGUCAUAAAGGUAAGGCUGCAGUUUUCCCUCACAAUGAGCGUUCACUUCAGACCACGUUAAGCCACUGAGGAGGAUCGCAGCAAAACACACUGAAGAGGAUUGCAGCGUUUCUACUGAAGACAAAACUGUUACUGACUUUUUUGACCACACGAGAGAGAUAACCAAGCUAAUGGAUAUCUUUGUGGAUGCCACUGAGAAGGCCACCAGCCAGAAUCUGAGAGAAAAGAUGAGCCAGAGGACAUGCGCCAAGGCUGAAGCUGAGGCUAGGGAACUGAUGGGCAGGUUCCUCAAGGAUAUUGAAGCAAAUGACAAAGAACUGAGAGAAAGGAUCCGCACUAAGGCCGUUAGGGUACUGAUGGGAAUUUUCCUCUGCGAUACUGAGACAAAUGACACCUCCAUGAAGUUCCUGAAAGAGGUGGAUGCUUUAGCAGAGGAAGAGGAUGAAGCCAUCAGUCAGGUCUUGGAGGAGGAAGAGGGAACAAUCGACCUGCCACUGGUAAACGGCAAUAAGACAGAGAAGACUGUUGAAAACAGCGGGAAUGGAAAGGAGAAAAAGAAAUGGACCAGGAGAGGGACACGAGGCAAAGGAAGGAAGAUAAAUUACAAAAAGUUCCAGGCCAACAAAGAAGAUAAGGCUGAAGCUGAGGCUAAAGCUGACGCUGAAGCUGAACUUGUAACUGAUGCUCACACUGAUGCUGAAGUUGAGGCUGAAAUUGAAGCUGAAGCUGAACCUGAGGAUGAAGCUGAGGCAAAAGCUGACGCUGAAACUGAAUCUGAAGCUGAAGCUAAAACUGAACCUGAGGCUGAAGCUGAGGCUAAAACUGAACCUGAAGCUGAAGCUGAGGCUAAAACUGAAUCUGAGGCUGAAGCUGAGGCUAAAACUGAAUCUGAGGCUGAAGCUGAGGCUAAAACUGAAGCUGAGGCUGAAGCUGAAGCUAAAACUGAACCUGAAGCUGAACCUGAGGCUGAAGCCGUUGCUGAAGAAAGAAAGCCAGAAGACACAGAAACAGAGAACAGCACAUCUCUGGAUGGAGCAAAAGGCAACAAUGCAGACGAGCCUGUUGAAAGCAUCAGGAAAGGAAACGAGAAAAAGAAAUGGACCAGGAGAGGAACACGAGGCAGAGGGAGAAAGAUCAAUUACGAAAAAUUACAGGCCAACAAAGCAGAAGAAGAUAAGGCUGAAGCUGUUGCUGAAGCAGAGACUAAAGUUGAGGCUGAAGUAGAUGCUAAAGAUGAGGUUGAAGCUGAGGCUGACCCUGAAGAAAGAAAGCCAGAAGGUGCUGAAACAGAGAACAGCACAUUCCUGGUAAACGGCAAUAAGACGGAGAAGACUGUUGAAAACAGUGGGAAUGGAAAUGAUAAAAAGAAAAGGACCAGGCGAGGGACACGAGGAAAAGGAAGGAAGAUAAAUUACAAAAAGUUCCAGGCCAACAAAGAAGCUCACACUGAUGCUGAAGUUGAGGCUGAAGCUAACAUUGAUGCUGAAGUUGAGGCUAAAACUGAACAUGAGGCUGACGCUGAAACUGGGGAUGAAGCUCACAUUGAUGCUGAAGUUGAGGCUCAAGCUGAAACUGAACAUGAGACUGAAGCUGAGGCUAAAACUGAACAUGAGGCUGAAGUUGAGGCUGACACUGAAGCUGAAACUGAGACUGAAGCCGAGUCUAAAACUGAACCUGAGGCUGAACCUGACACUGAGGAUGAAGCUCACAUUGAUGCUGAAGUUGAGGCUCAAGCUGAAACUGAACAUGAGGCUGAAGCUGAGGCUAAAACUGAACAUGAGGCUGAAGUUCAGGCUGACACUGAAACUGAACCUGAGACUGAAGCUGAGACUAAAACUGAACCUGAGGCUGAAGUUGAAGUUGACACUGAAGCAGAACCUGAUGCUGAAUGUGCUGCUGAAGAAAGAAAGACGGAUGACGCUGAAACAAAGAACAGCACAUCUCUGGAUGGAGCAAAUGGCAAUGAUGCAGACGAGCCUGCUGAAAGCAUCAGGAAAGGAAAUGAGAAAAAGAAAAGGACCAGGAGAGGGACACGAGGCAGAGGGAGAAAGAUCAAUUACAAAAAGGUCCAGGACAACAAAGCAGGGAUGCUGAAAGAGGUGGAUGAUGGAGCGGAGGCCGAAGCUAUCUGUGACCUGAUGAACAUCCUCCUGGAUGAGACAGAGGAAACUAAUGGCCCAUCUCUGGCAGGAGAAAGUGGGGAGAUCACGAUGAGUGCUGACGUUGAAGCUGAGGCUGAAGCCUUUAAUGGUUUCCUCACCGUCCUCCUGGAGGAGAUAAGGGACAAGAUCAACCUGCCUCUGGAGGGCUCUGAUUUUGCUGUUAGAAAGCUGAGAAUAUUAACUUACUUUAAAACAGAGAUGCUAAAGGAGGUGGAUGAUGGGGUGGAGACUGAAGCCAUCAACCAGCUCCAGAACGUCUUCCUGGAUCAGGCAGAGGAAACUUCUGGCCAGUCUCUGGCAGGAGAAAGUGGGGAGAUUGUGACGAGUGCCAACGCUGAAGCUGAGGCUGAAGCCUUUAAUGGUUUCCUCACCGUCCUCCUGGAGGAGAUAAGGGACAAGAACAACCUGCCUCUGGAAGAAGUUGAGGCUGAAGCUCAAGAAAGAAAUCCAGAAGAGGCUGAAACAGAGAAUAGCACAUCUCUGGAUCAAGUAAACGGCAAUAAUACAGACGGGCCUGUUGAAAACACUGGGAAUGGAAACGAGAAAAAGAAAAGGACCAGGAGAGGGACACGAGGCAAAGGAAGAAAGAUAAAUUACAAAAAGUUCCAGGACAACAAAGCAGCUGAGGCCAUAGAAAGACCACCAGAAGAUGCAGAAACAAUGAACAGCACACCUCUGGCUGAACAGAAUGGAGGGAGGAAAGAGCUGAUGGACGCCAAAGCAUCAAGAGACCAACAUAAAAGACAGACACAAAGAAAGCCACAGACACAGUCACAUGUCUGGACACACCAUGACAGAGCCUGCGAGUCAGGGUGGAGAGGACCUGCUCACUGGGACCGGAGAGACAGGAGAAUCCCGAGAAGAUCAACUCAAGACACACCAUCACAUGCUGGAGCCUGAUCUGUUGAACAGCUCACACACACACACACACACACACACUCUAAACCCAAUGCACACACUAACACACAUAUACACACACAAAACCAAUGCACACAAACACGCAUACACAGAAAACCCAAUGAACAAACAAACACACACAAACACACACACACAAAACACCCCCGCCAAGCCCCCAUCCUAACCUUAAGCCUAACCCUACCACCACCCCUAUU